ACUCAACUGCAAUCAAGAUUUGGGGAAGGCCCAGCUAUGCCAAAGGAGCCUGUUCAGCAACUGAUCCUCGAUGAGCAUGGCAGGACACUAGAUCUCAGUGGAAAGGAAGUUACCCUCGUUCAGCACAUGCCCGAACUGAAGGCCAAUAUCAGAGCCAAGAAAAGGGAGCAGUUCACCAAGAAACUCCACGACAAGUCAGGAGAAUCCUCGGCCGAGGCAGCCUUCUACGACUCUCGGAUCGGAGCGAGGAACCCCCUCAGGCAGCACCGUGGCUUUCACUUCCACGAGAAGGGGAAGUUUCAGCAGAUGGCUGCUCAGAUGAGAAUGAAGGCACAACUGGAGAGAGUCCAGAGCGAAAUAGCACAGCUGGCCCGGAAGACAGGCAUCAGUUCUUCUGCAGGACUGGCAACCAUAACAAUGAAGAAGGGAGAACAAGCCAAGGUCCUAGACAUCAUCCCAGAUGUCGAAUGGUGGGACACCCGCAUCCUCACCGCUCAGCAGUGA